AUGACACAGAAGCCCUAUUACUGUUCAGAAUGUGGCAAACAAUUCUUACAAAUGAGCCGCCUUCGGAGCCACGCAAGAAUUCAUACCGGAGAGAAGCCAUUUUUCUGUUCUGACUGUGGAAAACGGUUCUUGAGGAUAAGCAGUCUUCAGCGGCACAAAAUGAUUCACACUGGAGAAAAGCCAUUUUUCUGUUCUGACUGUGGCAAGCGAUUUACAACCAGUGGGUGUCUUAAGAUCCACACCCGAAUUCACACUGGAGAGAAGCCAUAUUGCUGUUCUGAGUGUGGCAGACAAUUCUCACGAAAGAGUAGCCUUCGGCGCCACACAAGUAUUCACACUGGAGAGAAUAACAGUUAA